ACAGGGCUCCUGGAUCUGCCCUGCAGCCGCUCCAGUGCGGACCUCCGCAGCCCCCAGCGGUCCCCCCUGCGCGCCUGCUCGCCUUUGUUUCCCGGACUACGCCUCUUCCCCCAGGCUCCGCCAGCACCCAUGCUGUCGCUGCCCCUGCCCUCGCGCCACCCCGUGCCGUGGGGGCCCCUAGCCGCCUGGGACCGUGGGGCCGGACCCGUCCACCAUGGCCUCUGAGGAAGAGCGCGCCGGACUGCCGCUGCGCUGAUGGGGAGGCGCGGGGUCGCGCCUCGGUUCCCAGCGACCUGACUCCGGAGGAGCGCCAGGAGUUGGAGAACAUCCGGAGACGGAAGCAGGAGCUGCUGGCUGACAUACAGAGGCUGAAGGAUGAGAUAGCAGAAGUAGCGAAUGAAAUCGAGAACCUGGGGUCCACGGAAGAAAGGAAAAACAUGCAGAGGAACAAACAGGUAGCCAUGGGCAGGAAAAAAUUCAACAUGGACCCCAAAAAGGGGAUCCAGUUCCUGAUGGAGAACGACCUGCUCAAGAACACCUGUGAGGACAUCGCCCAGUUCCUGUGUAAAGGCGAGGGGCUCAAUAAGACGGCCAUCGGUGACUACCUGGGGGAGAGGGAUGAGUUCAACAUCCAAGUGCUUCACGCCUUUGUGGGGCUGCACGAGUUCACAGACCUGAACCUUGUCCAGGCCUUACGGCAGUUCCUGUGGAGCUUCCGGCUGCCGGGGGAGGCGCAGAAGAUCGACCGCAUGAUGGAGGCCUUCGCCCAGCGCUACUGCCAGUGCAACCCCGGGGUCUUCCAGUCCACAGACACCUGCUACGUCCUCUCCUUCGCCAUCAUCAUGCUCAACACCAGCCUGCACAACCCCAACGUCAAGGAUAAGCCCACCGUGGAGCGGUUCAUAGCCAUGAACCGGGGCAUCAACGACGGCGGUGACCUGCCCGAGGAGCUCCUGCGGAACCUGUAUGAGAGCAUAAAGAACGAGCCCUUUAAGAUCCCUGAAGACGAUGGCAAUGACCUCACCCACACCUUCUUCAACCCUGACCGGGAAGGCUGGCUGUUGAAACUCGGAGGGGGCCGGGUGAGGACCUGGAAGCGGCGCUGGUUCAUCCUGACGGACAACUGCCUGUACUACUUCGAGUACACCACGGAUAAGGAGCCCCGGGGGAUCAUCCCUUUGGAGAACCUGAGCAUCCGGGAGGUGGAGGACUCCAAAAAACCGAACUGCUUUGAGCUGUACAUCCCUGACAACAAGGACCAGGUGAUCAAGGCCUGCAAGACAGAGGCGGACGGGCGCGUGGUGGAGGGCAACCACACGGUGUACCGCAUCUCCGCUCCCGCGCCCGAGGAGAAGGACGAGUGGAUCAAGUGCAUCAAAGCAGCCAUCAGCAGGGACCCCUUCUACGAGAUGUUGGCAGCCCGCAAGAAGAAGGUAUCUUCCACAAAGAGACACUGAGAAACCCGCGGGCACCGUGCCCCUCCCCCUGGCACUGCCCAAGCCCUCGGACUGGCUUCAGCUUUCACUCCUUCAUGAAGUGGAGACGGCUGCCCCUGAUGCCUCUCCGCCCCGCCGUGCAGUCUGACAGCAGUGUCAUCGUCGCGCCGCGCCUGCACCACUCCUGCUUUCUGUGAAGGCACCUCCACCCGCCCCGACUCCGCCCGCGGCCACCGCCGGGGGGAUGGAAGAGAAGCCACACGCCAUACAGAUAGAUUUCCCCGGAACAGAGAGAGCAUAGCACUGUCCGGACAGCAGCUGCUGGCAGGGUGGCCAGACCUGGUGCUGCCCAUCUGGGCACAAGGUGAAGGAGAGGGUGGGGGGGUGGAGGCCAUGGCCUCUGUGGUCAGGACCCUCCGGACUCGGCGCAGGUGGCCUGUGGAGCCCCCGGGAGGGGAGGGACUCUUCUCCAAAUGCAAGUUCUGGGUGGGCUCCAGGCCACAAAGUCAACGUUCUUCCCUGAACAAAACACCUGCAACCCAAACCCAGGGGCCCCGCAGGGCUUCGGAACGGCCCGACUGUUGCCCACCUGGUCCUCGUUGUAGAGGAGGGAGUGGGUCUCACCAGACCGCCUUAGGGCCCACCCUGUCCUGGUGCACGGACACCCGCCUCUCCUGCUGACGACAGCUGUUGGCGGUGGCGGGGCGUGCCCGGCCCCAACUCGGUGCGAGGGCUGCGGGAUCCGGCCUUCCUGCCGUUCUCUCAGGGACUCUCAGGGAGACCCCUGCCGCUUAGCGGCUCCCUUGGCCACCGCCUCAGCAGAGGGGGACACAGGCCCCUUGGAGCCGGCAGCCUGCCCCUCUGCUCCCAGGCGCAAGCCGCACUCUGGGCACCACCUUCAGGCAGGAGCCCUUGUAGGAGGCAGUACAGCUGGACCCACCCAGUGGUGGCUGCAUGCUGCAGCCUGGGAAACCCCGGCCGGCAGGGGGUGCCAGCCAGUGGCUGGGGCCAGAGCUCCCCAACUGGCCCCGCUCUGGGGCCCCACCCACCGCACUGAUUCCCAGGACAGACUGGGAACAGCAGCUGGGUCAGUAUUAGUCUAUUUAUCAGAGUGUACAUAUCUCUGUAUAGUUUUUCUCCUCCUAGAUUAUUUUGUAUUUGUUUAAAAAAACAAAGUUUUGUCAAAAUAUAAAAUAUAAAGACAUGACUGAAAACUGUUGACAGGGUUCUUAAAAAGAUUAUAAUUAUUAUUUUAUUUGUUUUGUUUGUUUUGCCUUGUAAACUAGCACCAAGGAACUGCAGCAAAUAAACUCAACCUGCCCGUG